AUGGUCCUGGCCCCGCCAUGCAAGCGUCACGUCAGCGCCACACCGGUGGAGCUGGGCCAGAUGCUCCUCCGCAUCAUCCCCUCAUCUCAUGUUGGUCCUAUAUCACCGUGGGCCCCACCGGGGGGAAUCCUCGGCGCGCUCGACGUCGUCUCCUUCCUCGCCGGCGCCGGCGGUGCGGCGGCGGCGUCGAUUCCGGUGCCGGAGGCGGCGCCGGAUCAAGGGGUGAUCAGGGAGGUCGAUCCGGGGACGAGGUCGAUCGAUGCCACACAGGGAGUUCGUUGCCUCCUCGUUCGAAAGUGCUCAGCCUGUAGCGGCAUCAGCAAACGAUCCUCCGAUCUUUACAGUGUCAAGUGGCUGAGAAACAACGAAAAUUCAUCGGCCAGUUCCGUCACGGAUGCCGGUCCAUCAUACUCACCCACUCCCUGCAACAACUACUGCUGUCUCUCCCAAGAAGACGUGGUCCGCUUCUUGAUUGGCCGCUGCCUUAAUGCUCUCGCCCCACUGCCGCUAUCUCCAAUCUCUUCUCUCGGAGCCAUCAAUCCCAACUACUCGUGCAUCGAAGCCUUCUCCCCCGCUAUCAAAGCAAUUCGCAAAAUACCCCCCUAUGACACACCUGCAGUUGCAGUUGUCGAGACUAACCCGGACAGAAGUCAUAAACCACUAGGACACAUAUCCUCUUACAAACUGCAGAAAUGUGACUAUCUGGCAACCGCCUGGGCCAUGGCGAAUUUGUCGGCAGGAGAAUUUGUUGCAGGUUCUAAUGAUGCAAACAGAACAACGCCCGAGUUCACUCUCGGUUCUCAAAUUGAGGAAUUUGGGGCUUUGGCUUCUCCGAGGCUGAUGAAGUUCAGUAGCAGGUGUGUAGGUUUUUUCAGUAAUAAUGUGAGCCAGAUCGCAGUUUCUGCGAGGACGGAUAGGAGUGUGUACAGGGGGAGGAAUGCGACUUUGACUUGUAAGAAAACGAGUUCUCUGGCGGCCGUCAUGGCGUAGAUGCUGUCGAAUCAGGCGACCCGUGUUUGGGUGACUGAAGCCGACGGCGUCUUGAUUGGUGUGGUUGGGUACAGAGAUAUCCUUAAUGCAGUUGCCAAGAAUGUUACUCCAGCAGUUUGAUUCUUGAUUCAUUUUAGCUCGCCUAUGUUCCAUCAUGCUCAAAUGCUACUAGGUGCAAUAAUUUUCUAUUUUGUGCCUGGAAUAUUUGGGAUUUUUCUUUUUUCCUGUUCCCUUCAGAAAAAAAUUAAAAUCUAAGGGAACUUCCAUUGUAAAGCCUUUUCUUUUUUCUUAUUUCGUUUUUUUUAUUUUUGACAAUGUCAAAUGCAUCUUGUUUGAUUAUAUCACACAGUUCUUUGUGACUAUUUGAGUUUAUGGCAACACUAAUAACAGGAUUAUUGACCUAGAAAGUAAAGAGACUUGAACUCAUCA